AUGGAUACAAUAAUUGGUAAUAUGUUUGCUAUUGGAGGGAACGUCAAAGUACCUUCCUAUGGAAACACUAAAUAUGAACCUCUGGAUAUAAUAUAUGAAACACAUAGAGAGGCCCAACUCAUUGCCCAGUCUAUUGGGCAGGCCUUUCAGGUAGCCUAUAUGGAGUUCCUGAAGGCCAAUGGUAUCGAAGAUCCUGGUCUUUUAAAAGAAAUGGACUAUCAAGAUGUAUUAAAUCAACAGGAAAUUUAUGGUGAAGAACUGAAUUUAUUUGCCAAUAAAGAUCAUCAUAAAGAGGUGAUAGUUCCGAAAGCUAAGAAUGAAUUAUUAGGCGUAGUUAUAGUAGAAUCAGGAUGGGGAUCUAUGGUACCUACUGUAGUGCUAGCCAAUAUGUCACCUAUUGGUCCAGCAGCAAGAUGUGGACAGUUGAAUAUAGGAGAUCAGAUUAUAUCUAUUAAUGGUAUCAGUUUAGUUGGUUUACCAUUAUCAGCUUGCCAGACUUAUAUUAAGGCUGCCAAGAAUCAAACAGUAGUGAAAUUAACAGUUGUACCAUGUCCACCAGUAGUAGAAGUUAUAAUUAAAAGACCAGAUGUCAAAUAUCAACUAGGUUUCAGUGUUCAAAAUGGUGUGAUAUGUAGUUUAUUACGUGGGGGUAUUGCUGAACGGGGUGGUGUACGAGUCGGACAUCGUAUUAUAGAAAUUAAUAACCAAAGUGUUGUGGCUGUACCACAUGAAAAAAUUGUCUCAUUAUUAGCUAAUUCUGUAGGAGAGAUUCAUAUGAAAACCAUGCCAACGUCUAUAUUUCGUUUAUUAACGGGGCAAGACACUCCACAUUAUUUAUAG